UCACGUGCGGCGCUCGACAACCAGCCCGUCGCCAUCGAAGCUGAGCUUGUACGGCCCGCCGCUGAAGUUGAGGGAGGCCUGCUCAGCCAGGAAACGCCGCUCGAAGUCGGUGCGCACGCCAUUCUCGUCUUCAAAUUCUACUAUGGUCUUCUUGUGACCCUGUCAUUAAUUCCACCAAGAGGAGAGUGGGCACACACACACCACCCGGCAGCUGUCUGUGUGUGGUGUGUGUGCGGCGCACCUUGAGCUCGUUGCUGAAUGAAGCCACCGAGGCCAUCACGCGCAGGUAGAAGGUCUCCAAUUCGUCAUCCUCUACACCGCCUACAGCGAGUGGCGAGUGAACACAGACACCACACAGAGAUGUCAUGUGUGCUGGUUCUCCCAUCCCCCCUCACCAUGCACGUGGAUCGUCACGUCCUCGAUCGGCGGCAGCUUGUCGUUGGUGCGCCGCCCCCACAGACACGGGCUCUGGUGGUCGUCAGCGAAUUCAUUCGUCAGCGGAUUCAGAUCCACCGCGAGGCUCCUCUCCCUCCCCUUGCUGACCAGCGCCGCCUGCAGCCGCUCGAGAAACAUCCACACGUCACCAGCCGGCGCGUUCAGCAACUGCCCGUCCCCAUCUGAUCCCUUGAUGUGUGACAGGUUGGGCAUGUGCGAGGCGAUCUCGACUGCCCGCUCCUUCUUGGCCUCAUCGUCGAGGGCAACGUUCAGCAGCAGCAGGGUGUGGGCGGCUGGGAAUGUGUCGUCAGUGAUGACUGCAGGGACGGCCUCGUCGAAUCCCCUGUAGGCGACGAUGUGGGCUGUCUUGGCGAGCUCGCCGACGAGCUUCUGGACAGUGGGGGUCCCGGUGCUGCUGCUGCGCGAGAGUAUCUCGGCGUCGAUCUGCCCAUCCCUGUCACACUCACGCAUAAUUGGCUGUGACAGCGCCUCGGGAUGCGCGACGGCGUCACUGCAGAGAAGCAUCAAAAAGACGAGCACAUCGGUAUACGUCACGUGUACUUGGCCCUGUACUUGGCCCAUUCCCCAUCUGACGCGUUCUUACACGAGUUGUGCCGUGUUCUGCAGUCUGUUCCAGUAGCGUCUCCCAGUAGCUUGGUCUAUCUCAAGCUCUCGAAGGGACCGGCUGACGCCCCUCGCCACCAGCACCUCACGCAGUCGGUCGAUGUCGGCGGGGCUGCUAUCCAUCUCGACGCCGCGCAGUGUGCGAAGCGCUGCGAGCGACUUCCCGUCAGCGGGCAGCGCACUCAGCACACUGGCCGCAUCGUCAUCGUCCCACCGGAGCUCGAGCACCUCAAUGGCCUCAAAGUCGCCCACCCAUGCCCUCGCACCCUCCACCUCAGCUGAAAGGUCUCGAAUGAUGAGCGUCUUGACAGCGGGCGUCAGCCACUGGCGGCCCUCGCGAGCCGAAAGGCACACGCCGGGUAUGUUGUCGACGGUCUUGAGUGCCGGCAGGUGGACGGGGGCGGAGGGGGCGGCGGGCAGGGCAGAUGACGGGGGAGGGUAGGGGAUGUCGUUGCGAAUGCUGUCGUCGAGCUCGACCUCCUCGAAUGACAGCACCUCCAAUGUGCCCUCGUCGGCCGACCAGCUGCCAUCAUCAUCUUGCUCUGCCGCGGCAGCAGCUGUCCCCUCCCCGCCCUCCCUCUCUCGUCGUUUCUUCUCUGCGAUUUCCGCCCUGCCGACGGCGUGUCCCUCCACUAAUGCCACCUAGGUGCCGCGACACCAAGCCCAUCGCCACUCGGGGUAGCGGCGCCUGAUCUCUCGCACGUUGGUCGCCCUCUUGCCCCAUCUCUGCGCCACGGCCAGUGGCAUGGUCCCCCACAUGCGCCGCGCCUUGUCGUCCUUACAGUCUAUGACCAGGUUGGUGUAGUUGGCGGCCGACUGAUGGUAGAGGGUCGUGCCGAGGGGCCGGCAGUGGCGGGCCAGCUCCCAUGGCUGCAGGUGGCCGAGCACGUUGGAGAGCUCAUCGCGGGACAGACGGAGGCGAGCCUAAGGCCGAUACAUAUGACACACGUGUGACUGAAUGCAAAAGGGAUGCUCGUGUGCGUCAUCACUCACCGGUCCAAUGUUGAUGGGCAGCUGGCCACUCUCGUAGAUCAAACGAUAGGACCUCUCAGCAGGAGCAGCCUGAACCUCACACGCACACACCACAUGCAGCAAUCCUCUCUGCAUAGAGCCCUCUGUGGUCGUGCAGGUGUACCUGUGGCUGCUCCUCUACGGUGUCUACUGGUGCCUCGGCGGGCGGCUCAGCGGCCGUCGCUAUGAGGGCAUCCACUGCAGUGGCCAGCAGGGGCUCCACUGUCGACAGCUGGGUGGCGGCAGCGUUGCACUGAGCAGUGAGGAGGGACAAGUGGACACGCAGCUCGCGAGUCGAGGCCUGCAUGGACAGCCAGAAAGCAAAACGCAUGAUUCAUCAGAGAGAGAGGGGCGAGGCGAAGAUAAGGAUUCACACCACUGUGUCGUUAUUCGCAGGCUCCGUCCGCUGCUUGAUCUGCGUGAGGUGUUCAUUAACCUGAGAGAGAGGAAGCAGUGGCAGCGGUGAGCGAGUGAGACCAUGUAUGGCUGCUGUGUUUGGCUGAAAUACCUUUGUCUGAAGUUGCAUGAGGCGUUUCAGGCUCUCGCUCGCCAACUGAGCAUCCUCCCGAAGCUGCCGCUGCUGCAUCAAACGACCAGGCAACACACACAGCAGCCGAAAGGUGAAAGGCGCUGCGUGUGUUUUAACGCCUGCUUUCAUCUUCCUCACCUCGUUUGCAUCCAU